GUGGUACGCCGCGUCUUUUCUCGCGACGCGAGUUGCGACAACCGAAUAAAUUUAUUUUGGGUUAUUUGAUCCUUUUUAAUGGCUGCCGUAUAACGACUGAAUGUGUACUUAAAUCAAACAUGAGUGAUUAUUCUUCUAUGGCUACGCUUCAAAACAAUAGCCAACCGGCGGGAUUUGCGGCUGCUCUACAACGUGCUAAAUUGGUUGCUGCUAAAAUCGAGGGUGGUGGUAGCAAGAGACCUUUGGAAGACGGACCAGAGCCUAGCGCAAAGAAAUUGGCUUCGAUUGACCCGGCAUAUCAACAACAACACGCAGCAAUGAGUUCAUCAUCGGCGGCGGCGGCUGCUGCAGCGGCAGCGGCGGCUGCGGCGCGCAUCGCCGCGGCGAACCCCACACCACCAGCCCCGGCCCCACCUGGCCUGAUGCAGGACCAGACCCUCAACGAGUACAUCCGGGUGCCGGACAAGAUGGUUGGCUUGAUUAUCGGUCGCGGCGGUGAGCAGAUCACCCGAUUGCAAGCGGAGUCCGGUUGCAAGAUCCAAAUGGCUCCCGGCUCCGGUGGUCAACCGGACCGCGUAUGCACUCUCACUGGCUCCAGGGAGGCCAUCGCCCGCGCCAGGGAACUUGUGAACCAAAUAGUGAACCAUCGCGGGCGAGAGAACGCGCCUCAACACGACGGGCCCGGCAUGGGCAUGGGCAUGGGCGGCGGCGACAUGGGCAGCCCGCCCAUGCAGAGGGGUGGCGGCGGCGGUGGCGGCGGUGGCGGCGGCGGUGGCGGCGGUGGCGGCGGUGGCGGCGAAGUGAUGCUGCCCGGUCCCAAAGUGGGUCUGAUCAUCGGCAAGAGCGGCAAGACCAUCAAACAGCUGCAGGAACAGUCUGGUGCCAAGAUGGUCGUCAUCCAAGACGGACCCAACACGGAAUAUGAGAAGCCCCUACGUAUCUCAGGCGACCCGAGCAAGGUGGAGCACGCGAAGCAGCUUGUGUUCGAGCUGUUAGCUGACAAGGAUGCCGGCGGCGGCGGCGGUGGCGGCGGCGGCGGCGGCCGACAGUACGACGACGUGUAUUCACCCCAAGACCAGGGCAACCAUAUGGGCGGCAACCAAACUGAGGUAUUAGUGCCGAAAAUAGCCGUGGGCGUUGUGAUCGGGCGCGGCGGAGACAUGAUCAAGAAAAUCCAGGCGGAAACCGGAUGCCGAGUCCAAUUCCACCAAGAGAGAGACGAUGGGCCUGGAGAUAAGAGAUGUUACCUACAAGGCAAACCUCACCAAGUGGACCAAGCGCGUCAAAUGAUUGAAGAUUUAAUCGCCAGCGUCAACAGGCGGGAUCAAGAAGUGCGAUCAGGGCGCGGUCGCGGCGGCUCCGGGCAGCGCAACGGCGACCGUGGAGACUUCCAGCAGUGGCAGGACCAGGAGAUACGCGUCACCUUCACCGUGUCCAACCUGAAGUGUGGACUCAUCAUCGGCAGAGGCGGCGAAGUAAUAAAACAGAUUAACGCGCAAUCGGGCGCGCACUGCGAGCUAGACCGACGCGCACAGGGCGCGGAUCGCAACAACCGCACCUUCUACAUCCGCGGACACCCAGACGCGGUUGAACACUGCAAACGAAUCAUCAUGGAGAAAGUUGGCAUGCCGGUGAACUUCAUCCAAGAGGGCGGCAACGGCGGCGGCGGCGGCGGCGGCGGCGGCAGCAACAACGGCAACGGAAACGGCGGCGGCGACUACUACGGCGGCGGAGGCCCGCAGGGCGCCGCCUGGGGCUACAACCCGCACUGGCACCAACCCAACAACCAGCCGCCACAGCAGCAACAAGUGAACAUCAACCCGAGUACAGGCCAGCCCGACUACUCGCAACAAUGGAUCGACUACUACCGCUCGCUGGGGCUCAUGAGAGAAGCGGAGGCGAUAGAGCAGCAGGCUAAACAACAGCAGCAAGACAGAAAAAGUGAUUCACAAAUGUGUAACCCCUCAGGUGGAGCGGGCAACGGUGCUGGAGGCCCCCCCGGCCCCGCCGCGCCCGGCCCCGCGCCGUCGCCGGCCCCGGCCGCCGGCGCCGACUACAGCGCGCAGUGGGCCGAGUACUACCGCAGCAUCGGCAAGCUCAAGGAGGCCGAGGCCAUCGAGCAGCAGAUCAAGAUGAAGCAAGGGCAGGCGGCGCCGGGCGGAGCGGCCGCGCCGUCCGCGCCCGCGCCGGCCGCCACCCCGCCCGCGGCGGGCGUGAUGCCGCAGCAGUACCAGUACCCCGGCUACCCCGUGCAGGCCUACCCGCCCUACCAGCCCUACCAGUACCAGCAGCAGCCCGACCACCAGCAGUGAACAGGCCGCGGCGCACCGAUCACCGACGAGACGACACUUCAUUCUAGACUGUAAGGCCUGUCCACACUGAGCGACAAAAGUCAGAACGCCACAGAUAUUACAGACAUGCUAUGUGAUCGCGUAAAUCUGAGUCCAAAAGUGAGAAAACUACAAUAGAGACACAAUUACUAAUUGCUAUGUGAUCAAGCCGAGUUUUAAAGAAAAAUGGCGUUGCUUUUGCCGCUCAGCUCGGAUAAUAGGCCAAUAACCUUAAGCCAAACCUCGACGACUAAUUCAGAACGCCCACAAUAAAUAAAACGGCACAGUAAAUAACACGUCUAAGACAUAUCAAGCAUUUAUUUCUUGUGGGUCAACCUAUGUUAAAUCAUGAGAUUACCGGUAUUAUUUAAUUGUGUAUAUUUCGGCUGUGUGGUCUAUAACGUGAACGUUCUAGAAGUGUAUUUGUAUGUUGACUGAUGUGCCAGUUUGUCCAGGAUAGACCCACACUGCCUUUUAAAUGAGACAACAGCUGGGGCUAUAAGAGAAAGCAAAGCGUAGAGAACCGCCAGCCUCGCGCCGCUGCGGAUAUCGAGGUAACAGUUUGAAUAGUAUGUCUAUCUCAUGUCUUUUACGUGUUAUAUUAUAUGUACAUUCUAGAUUCAAAUCAAUUUAAACCUACGCUCCGUUCAAGCGUUACAUAGUUUAGGUCAAUCGGAAAAUCUCCUUUCGAUUUCAUAAUUAUGUCUUAGCAAGUAAGUUACGAUUGUGAAUUAAUGCUCCUUCUCGAUUUAGGGCUCACGUCGUCGGAUAAAAAUAAACAUACAUAUUUUAUGUAUUUUUUCGAUUAAAAAAUUAGCUUUGAAUAAUGGAGAUUCGGUGUUAGUGUAACGAAGGUAAUGUAAGUUGAACUACAUUCCUUUAUAAAAUUGUUCAAUCCUAUACUUGCGUGAGCUGCGCUCCGUUCGUUCCGUAAAGAACGUUCUAUAGCAAACUCACUAUUGGUAGAAUCAAAUUACGCUGAUUAAUUACAUGAAUUUAAUAUGUGAAUGGAUUAAACCCAUAAUCGUUUGCUAAACAACGUUCUGUAUGGUCAGCAAAAGGAGCUACUCCGGCGCGAUCGCUUCACGGGAUAACCCCGAGUCAUUGUAUUAAUAUUUAAGAUAUAAAGUGUAUGUUGAUUGA